UUUCCCUUACGGCAACUUCAACGGGCACAUUUCCAAUGGCCAAAACGCCGCCGUUUCCCCAAAUGUGCAAGUUUCUGAUUCUGCUUUCGUUCUUCGGAUCAGCUGCCGUUUUGCAACUCUCGGCGGCGGCCUUGUCUUUCGGGUUCUACGCCGCCACGUGUCCUGCCGCGGAGCUUCUCGUCAGGAACACCGUCAGAUCGGCCUCCUCCGUCGAUCCCACCGUCCCCGCCAAACUCCUCCGCCUCCUCUUCCACGACUGCUUUGUUGAGGGGUGUGACGCGUCCGUGUUGCUCCAAGGAAACGGAACGGAACGGAGUGAUCCGGGAAACAGGUCACUUGGAGGAUUUGAAGUCAUCGAAUCAGCUAAGAGAGGUCUCGAAUUCUUCUGUCCCGCAACCGUUUCCUGCGCCGACAUCGUCGUUUUAGCCGCCAGAGAUGCCGUUGAGUUCGCCGGCGGUCCCUUCGUCCAAGUUCCCACCGGCCGGAGAGACGGCCGGAUAUCGGCGGCGUCUAAUGUCCGGCCAAACAUCGUCGACACGAGCUUCUCAGUGGACCAAAUGAUGAGUCUGUUCGCCGCAAAAGGGCUGUCGGCGGACGAUCUCGUGGUCCUCUCCGGGGCCCACACCAUCGGAACGGCCCACUGCAGCGCCUUCAGCGACCGCUUCAGAAGAGGCCCAAACGGCCAGCUCACCCUCAUCGACUCCUCCCUCGACGGCGCCUACGCCGACCAGCUCAUCCGCCACUGCCCGGCCGGCGCCAGCUCCUCGGCCACCGUGGACAACGAUCCGGCGACGGCGUUGGUGUUCGAUAAUCAGUACUAUAAAAACAUUCUGUCGCACAGAGGGCUGUUUCAGUCGGAUUCGGUUCUGAUGAGCGACGGCCGGACCAGGGUUCAGGUGGAGAGCUUGGCGAAGGACCAAACCGGGUUUUUUGAGAGCUGGGCCGAGUCGUUUUUGAAACUUAGUAGUAUUGGAAUCAAGAGUGGCGAUGAAGGAGAUAUUAGAUUAUCUUGUUCUGUUAAUAAUAUUUGAGAAUUGGAAAAAAAAAUAAAUUAUUGUAUAAUAAUAUAUAGUACUUGGAUAA